CCAAUCCAAAUUGUCAUUUAGCACUUUCUGAAUUUCACAAAAACAGAAUCUUUCCCCCACUUUCCUCUGCCCCUCCAUUUUCCAAUAUCCCACCAUUUUUUUGUCCCAUUGCUCAGUUCAGAGAAAUGAUCAUCCAUGGCAACAACAAAUUGGGUCACUGUUACUAUUCCUUGAUCCCCAUUUUCACGUUCCUCCAUGUCCUCAAAUUGGGUUCUUCAAAUCUCAAAAUUGUACCCACAACAACAACUCCUCCUCCAUUGCCAAUUCUACCCCUCCCUUCCUUCUCCCAACUCAAAUGGCAGCAGCGGGAGGUCAUCAUGUUCCUCCAUUUCGGACCCAACACCUUCACCGGCUCCGAGUGGGGCACCGGCCGUGAGUCCCCCGCCGACUUCAACCCCGCCGCCCUCGAUGCCGCACAGUGGGCCGCCACCGCCGCCGCCGCCGGAAUUUCCCUCAUGAUUCUCACCGCCAAGCACCACGACGGAUUCUGCCUCUGGCCCUCCCGAUACACCACGCAUUCCGUCGCUAGCAGCCCUUGGAAGAACGGCCGUGGCGACGUCGUCCGGGAACUCGCCAACGCCGCCGCCGCCCAAGGCAUCGACGUUGGACUGUACCUCUCGCCGUGGGACCGCCACGAUCGGAGAUACGGCCAUGAUUUGGCGUAUAAUGAAUACUACUUGGCGCAGUUACAAGAGCUUCUCGCAAGAUAUGGAAAUGUGAGAGAAAUUUGGUUCGAUGGAGCAAAAGGGAAGAAUGCGGCGAACAUGUCGUAUUACUUCUCCGACUGGUUUGCGAUGGUGAAGGAGUUGCAGAGCUCUAUCAACAUAUUUUCCGAUGCCGGACCGGACGUCCGAUGGGUCGGAAAUGAGAAGGGCUCGGCCGGGACACCCUGCUGGUCCACCAUCAAUCGGACUUCCCUUGCCAUUGGAGAAGAAGGCAUUUCCGAGUACCUAAGCAAGGGCGACCCAAAAGGGACACAUUGGGUAGCACCAGAAUGUGAUGUAUCCAUAAGAGAAGGGUGGUUUUGGCACAAAUCAGAGUCCCCAAAAAGUGUAAAAAAACUUCUAAAAAUCUACUACAACUCAGUGGGAAGAAACUGUGUCCUCCUCAUCAACGUCCCUCCCAAUUCCACUGGCCUAAUUCCCCAACAAGAUGCCCACACCCUCAAACACUUCAAGUCCGCCAUUGACACAAUUUUCUCCACAAACUUGGCCCAAGAUUGCUCUCUCAAAGCCAGCAGCCAAAGGGGUGGCAAAGAUGGUGCUUUUGGGCCUCAAAAUGUGCUGGAUGAUGACCAUUUAUGGACAUAUUGGGCACCCAGACAAGAAGUUGAUGAUGACAGUGACCAUUGGAUCGAGAUCAGAAGUCAGCCAGAUCGACGGCUGAGAUUCAAUGUGGUGAGGAUCCAGGAGGCCAUAGGGCUUGGCCAGAGGAUCAAACGGCAUGAGAUUUAUUUGGAUGGUAAGAUGAUUGUGAGUGACGGAACUGUUGGGUAUAAGCGGCUGCACAGGAUUGGGAGUGGGGUGGUUUCUGGGCGUGUUGUGAGGGUCAGGUUCACUGAGUGUAGGGCUAGGGCAGUCCCUUUGAUCUCCUCUUUGGGUCUGCAUUUGGACCCCUUUUGGGACCCCACUGGGCUCUGAGAUGCCCUACAACUUAAGGGAUAUGGGGGGCCCUAUUUAUUACUCAAUAAUUAACCUGAUUGGACAAUCCUUCUUGCUCAGCCCAUUUUCGAUCUUCGUGAAAUUCUUUGUUCAAAUGGGCCAUCUGAUGUAUCCAUUCCUUUCGAAGGGAACAACGACUGGUUGAGACAUAAAAUGUCGUAAGUUCGAAUCCUCACUUCUACGUA